AUGGGGACAGUUGAGCGUUUUGCACUUGGAUUGCGCGUUCAGGUGAAUAUGUCCUCGAACGCUUUUUCCAACGCAUCACCAACAAUAAAAGGACCUUCCGAAGAUGCGCCCGUGUCCUCUUACGACAUCCUGAUAACAUCUAUACUCGGCACAGUUUUGACCUGCAUGUGUUUGGUUGGUGUGAUCGGAAACCUUUACACUCUGGUCGUCAUUAACAUCUCCGUCCGAGUGACUGGAUCCAUGUAUGUUUACAUUGUAAACUUGGCACUUGCGGAUCUGCUGUACCUCUCCACCAUUCCGUUCGUGGUUUGUACCUAUUUUGUCAAGGACUGGUACUUCGGCGACAUCGGGUGCCGUGUUCUGUUCAGCCUGGAUUUCCUCACCAUGCACGCCAGCAUCUUUAUCCUGACCAUCAUGAGCACGGAGAGAUACCUGGCUGUGGCGAAUCCGCUGGACACCUUCGGUCGCUCCAGGCGCUCCAGGCGCACAGUCACUUGCAUGGUCUGGCUCGUUUCUUUUGUCCUGGCUCUACCGACCAUGAUCAUGAUUGAUCUGAAGAGAGACGUGCACAGCGGCGUAGAGAAACGCAUGUGCCACCCGACUUGGCAGAUCUCCGCGUACAAAGUGUACCUGACUGUACUGUUCAACACUUGCAUCUUGGCUCCUGGCUUCAUUAUUGGCUAUCUCUAUCUGAAGUUAGCCAGGACCUAUUGGGUAUCACAAACCUCUGUGUUCUCAUCCAGAGAAAUGAAUAGGUGUCCUAAGCAAAAGGUCUUGUAUCUGAUAUUUGGUAUUGUUCUUACCUAUUGGGCAUGCUUUUUACCCUUUUGGUUAUGGCAGUUAUUAAGUAUCUAUUAUUUUGGGCAUGGGGGGCUGUCAAGCAGUACAGUUGUGUACAUUAACUUUGUUGUGACUUGUUUGGCAUACAGUAACAGUUGUAUCAACCCUUUCUUGUACACUUUAUUAACAAGGAACUAUCAGGAAUAUGUGAGGGACAGACAAAGGAGCAGCACGACCUUUAAGAAAAGGCUUAGACAUUCACCUCAAAGGUCCGUGUCAUCUGGGAGUCAGCAGUUUUGAAAUACUUUGACUAAUACGCAUCAUAAUGGCAUCCUGUAUACUUACAGCAAACUUUACAUUUGCAGCAUUUGCAGUGUCAUAAUUGAUUAGAAGUCUUUGAUUCAUAGAAGUUAAAGUCUGCAUGAGUCCGCUUUGAAAUCAGGAAAUUACAUUUUUAAUUUAAACCUGGAAAAUAAACAGAAUGUUUUGAGAAUGUAAAACUUUGAAGCAAAGAAAUGUUAUGAUGUAAAGUGAACAAGAUAUAUGUGAGAUUCUGCACUAUUUCAAGGUCACUAAUCAAAUGAGCAAAUCCGUGGCACUGUAUUAAGUUUAGAAAAAGGCAAAAUAGAAGUGGAAUUUUCCACUAAUGAUCUAUAGACCAUCUCUAUAUAGCAUUCAAAAAUGGCACGUUAUCACAAGCAUAAAUAUGAAUGUUAACAUUUUGCUCUAUUCAUGUUGUGCAUCCAGAGAGAUGUUUUACAUUGCUGACCAAGUAUGAAGAUAUUAGUAAAAUGGUGAAGUAGACGUUGUUCUGCACACAAGGAACAUAAAAACAUGCAGGGUUGAAAACGAUGUUUAUAAAGAAACUGAUUUUCUUUUCGCCAGAUUAUUAUGAUGAAAUGUGUGCAAUCAUAAAUAGAGAGGUUCAUGUACGUUUAAUGUUUUUCGGAUUAUAUUUGAAUGUGCAGUAGUCUAGUUUCUACAGUCUAGUUUACACAUAAAAUGUUUUGUACAUCAAUGCUUUAUAUUGCAGUUUGUGGUUUUGUCAGUUGCAUGCUGUUUAUAGUUAUAAUGGAGUUAGGAUUGAGAGCAGACAAUCUGCUUCAACUGCUCAAAUGAUAGCAUACCAGAAUGUAACCACAAGUGACAUUAUCUCAUGUUCUUUUAAAGCACGGAUGCCUGGAAUAUUGGAUUUUGUGUCAGUGCAUCACCUCCUUAUAUAUUAUGUGGUCUAUUUUAAUAAAUGGUCUAAAUGCAACAGAGAAACUUGUUUUAGUAAAAAAAAAAAUUGAUUAGCAUUAUUAUCUUUUGUUAUCCUCUUAUGUUUAAUCUUGCAAAAAAUGUUAACUUGAAUAUGCUGCAUGUGGUAACAUCUAAAUGAGCAGGUUUUAAAAAUAUUAUUUCACAUCACUGAAUUAACCUGAAUACAUUAAGUUGCAUUAAAAUAAAUACAAAUUAAGGGUUAGAUCAUGUAGAGAGAGCUCCUUUAACUGUAUUGCUUUUUAUAAUG